GACUGAUGAGGCAUAAAGCCACUUAUGUGGCACUGAGUGCAAUACUACAUGGGAAGGAGAUUUGGAUAUCUCGCACGUGCAGAUUGAGUGUGAGGGUGGUUGAAGUUCGGCUGCUUUACUUUCUCAGCUCUGCUUCCUUUUGGAAGGAUUGGCUUUCAGGUGUAACUUCUUUUCCAUAGUGAUUGUUUUCCAGAAUACUUGGAAAAUAGGAGAAGUAGAAAACUAGCGUCUUAGUAUUCUGUCUUCCCUGCCAAGCUUAAACAAUCUCACAGAAAUUGAAGAAAUGAAAAGCAGCAUUCCAGCUAAAAUAGGCCGAGGGUAUUGCUGUUCAGUCCUUUCUGGUUCUGCAGGCUAACUGGGAGUCCAAGCGUAAGUCUGUUCCAGUCAAAUCUUUCAUGUUGACGUGUAAAUGGACAGUAGAUCCGCUUUGGACAGUCUAGGAUGUGUUUUUAACUGAUGAAAAUAAAAUAUCCGGUUACUGUAGGAGGUCUCAUUUACUUGGGCUUUAUGUAAGAGUUGUUGAAGUCUCUUGGCACGGGAAGACCUUUCAGGUUGGGUCCUGUGUUAGUAAAAUUCCAGUAAUGAACCUGGAAAAUGAAACUCAUUAAUUCCUACUAGAGACUAAGGUGAUCACACGGCAUGUCCUUCUUUAGGUGGGGGGCAGACUGCAAUGCCUGUACUAUGGGGAACAAAAUAGGCAUCAAAGAUAACUGGUACAUAAAUAUUGCAUCCUUUUGCUUUCACAGAGCACGCCUCUACUGGAAAAAUUUCCUUCUGUUGGAGCAAAUGGUAAAAGUGACGCCAGUCUCUAUUUUUGAGUCAGGAGCAUACAUAUCUCUCCUCCAUGGCAGUGCAGGGAGUGUGAUGUUACAAGUCCAGAUGAAAACUGUACGAGCACGUCUCAUUUGCAGCUUUUGCUCGUUUGGAGGACAAUAUGAAGGUGACUCUUCUGAAUAAGAGAAAGGUACUAACAAUAUUGGUUUUUAUGCAGGAGUAAAAGUGACAGAUCUACUGUUACAGGGCACUGAGGGGAGAGUUACUGUUGCUUGCUUGUUAGGGAGUGAGUCUCCGUGGGCUGUUUCCUUUUACCUGUGCCUCUGAUGUGUAAUGAUUUUCUGAUGGUGCCUUGAUAUUGCUUUAAUUUUCCUCUUUACAGUAACAAGGAUCAUUUCUUGUAGUUCUCCUGACGUUUAAACUGCGUGCUGUAGCAGUUGGCAGAGAGGUGUGUACCUGGCCAGAGGCGCUCCCUUUUAAGACUAAGUGAUAGCCUUUUUGUAAUGCUACUUAGCAUUCCAUCUUUCUGCCUCUGAAUACAGUUCUGAACUACUUAAAAUGGGCUUGCCUAUUGGGUGGGAAGAAAUGUGAGGGCGUGGAACACAUACUGGGAAUUUCCCAGCAGCUGACAUAAGAAUUUGUUCUGGUUGCCAGUGGUUUACAAUCAGCUCCUCCAAGAGUUUGCUACUGACAGAGCAGAGUUUCCUUCCCUAGGACAGCAGGGCUACGUGAUGCUGGCUGCAGGUUUUUACUUGCGUUUUUCUACUGUUUUGUUCUUGCUGCUGGCGGUCACUUUUACCCAUUGCUUGGGAUUGAAAUGCAAAGAGCAUGAAUAUCCCUUUGGUACAAAAUGCUGCAAGGACUGUGCACCUGGUGAAAGAAUGAGAAGCCGCUGCACAGCAACAACAGACACAGUUUGUGCCCCCUGUCAGGACAAUUACUUCAGCGCUGAGUACAGUCACAAGUUUUGCCAGAGUUGUACGGUCUGCAACACUAAGAAGGGAAGCGUGGAAGUGAAGAAGUGUGAGAAGACCUCUGACAGAAUUUGCAAGUGUAUUCCAGGUUACAUGCCAGCUGAAGGAUAUACACUGGGAAGUGAAUGCAUACCGUGUCGUGAAGGGUUUUAUUCCACGGGAGGAAAUGAAAAUUGUCAGCCUUGGACCAACUGCAGUGCUAUUGGGAAAAAGACUCUUCGAGCAGGAACAAAAUCAGAUAAUGCUGUUUGCAGUGACAAUGUGACACAGCCAGCUACCUCUCAAAGUGCAACACCUACUUUGCAUCUUUCCACCAACUACUACGGGAAUAAUACAUCGACUGCAGUGCCUUCACCCUCCAAACCCAGUGUGAACCCUGUUGUUGUUUGCCCGGAUGCGAACAGCCCCACAGGCACUAACUGGGGGUCUCUGUCACUUAUCCUGAUUUGUCUGAUACUGCUUAUGGUGUCUGGAAUAUCCAUUUUCAUGUUGAUUAUCCAAGCAGCCAAAAGAGAGACCAAGAGGAGGCCUUGCAGGAACGACCAUCUAAAAAGGAGCUUUCGAAUUCCUAUCCAGGAAGAACAAGUUGACUCCAAUUCCAGUCUCAUAAAAAACUGACUCCACAUCACUUCACUGCAUCCUGCAUUUCUGAGCCAAUCUAUUGUAACAACAAAUGCGACAGAAUUUUCAGUGGCUAUACGUGUGGGUGUGUGUUAACUGUUUAAUUGUACUUCAGUUUCUUUGGGUCUCAUUGAGUGGCCCUUAGGCAUUGUAGCUGUUCUUAGUGAACCAUGAUUCUUUUUCCUGAGGUAGCUCCUGUGUGCAGCAUUGCUGGUGCCAAGCCUGAGUUUAUACAGUCCUUUGUGCAUUUCUAACCAAUUAUGUAUGCAGUGGAAGCAAACUGUCUUUGGAAAGCAGAAAGUCUUUGUGAAGCACUAAGCAGACUGAAUCAUUGAGCAGGCUGACAAAUGGAAAAUCAAAAGACCUGCUUUUAUAAGUAAUAUCUUGUCCUGCAACUUCGAGAUGCUAAGCAGAGCACAUCUCAGUGCAGCCAUUUUGAGUGUUUCAGACUAACUCCCAGUGGAGUACUUUGCCUUCUAGGUGGAGAAUCUCCACAGAUGAGCCUAGCCAGCUUCCUUUGUUCUUCCAUUUUUUUCAGCUUUUUUGCUUCUCCCUCAAAACGAGUGGUAUAUGUCAUCUGUGGCUCCAGGGACAGUUGUCAUAGCUGCUAAUUCUGGUGGUGGUUUUUAAGUGACUGUUGAGAAAUGGCUAUUUAGUGCCAUUUCUUUCCUAUCUGCCUGUCUUCAAGGCAGACCCAUUGAGAAAAUGUCAUGGAAAGUAUUGAGCAGUAUCCCCACAGACCAGCAAAUAGAAUUAUUUAUGACUUUGAAAUAGCUGCAGAUCUCCAAGUGUUCAGAACAUCUAUAGAGAUCCUCAUGUGUAUCAGAAGUAGAAUGUGUGUAUUUGCUACCAGAGGGCAAAGGGAAUGGUAUCUUAUUUUAGAACGUUAUUACUGGAAACUGUAAAGUUCAAAGGAGGGGGGAAGGCAGGAUGCAACUUGUCUGUGCUGUAGACUCUGGAAGUAGCUGUGUAUAACUCAUGUUUUGUCUAUAAGCUCUGUGCAGUCAGCAUGCUUUUUGUUUCCUCUUUGUGGAUGUUCUGUUGAGCUGAAUACCCUGGCGUGGCUGUCCCCAGCAAGUCUGCUUCAGUCAAACUCGAACUUCUCUGCAGUCAAAUAGUUUAGUUUAAACUGCUUUUGUGGGAUUUGAUUGCUUGCUUCAAAGUAAUGUGGAUGCAGGGAGAAACGCGGGAGCGAGCUUGGUUCCAGACAGUAGUUUGGAUUUGGGGUAAACCUUCUUAUGUCUUAGAUUUAGUAGAUGUACAUGGACACGUAGAACUACUUCUGCUGGUGAAUGAUAACUUGGUGAUAGUAACUCCCCAGAUGUUCACUUCUUGAUGAGAAGAGCUGAACUUUCAACAGAGCUGUCCAUAUGGACCUUCAAGGGUUGCACUGUAGCAAAGAUGUAUGAAGAUGAUGUAAUAGUGGAUAGAUACAUAAACUGUGCUUUGACUGUAUGGAUGCUCACUUUGAAUGUGCUGUCAGUGGAACCUCCAUUCAGAACUGAAGAAAUGUUCCUCACGUGGCCUGCACGCAGUUGAAGCACGCCUGUUUGUUUGCCUGCAUACUGUACAGAAUGAGUUUUACUUCUGUCAUGGCUUUUUUUUUUCCACGAGUUAAUCAGAAUCUGUCUUGGUGAGAGCAUUUUAGAUAGCACGUUCAAAACAAUGCCUGAGAGAGAACUUAAGUGUUAUUGUGGAUAGCUUUUGUUGUAAUUUAAAUACCUCAGUGUAAAAGUUGGAGAAGUGAGCUUGAAACUUAUAUAAUUCAGAUGUACCACUUAAAAUACUCCUUAGUAGGUAGCUUGUAAGAUGUAAUAGGUAUUUUAUGCACACAGUAUUAAAGCAUAUGUCAAAGUAUGCGGAAGGAACUGUAUUCAAGAAUACAACUGUUGGUUGAGAAUCAUGUUUUUAAACAUAUGUUUUGGUAUAUGUUAUACAUAUGGUGUACUUAUUGGCUUCCUAUUUUGAAGUGCAUAUACAAUGUAUGUAAACGUUUGUAUUAUAUAUGAAGAAUAGCAGUGACUUUUUCGAAUAAAUUGUGGCAGUGGCUA